AUGGAAUUCUUUUUUUCCUCCACCGCGGCCGCUGGGCCCACUCAUGGAGUCCGCCCUGGGGCCCUCGAAACUCCAGGGCCGGUCCUGAAGGCGAGGAGGCGUCGCGUGCCGGCGUUCGGGGAGUGGAACUACAACUACCACCACCAUGAGCCGGAGGCGACAGCGGCGGCCGCGUGGUACGCCACGCCGGAGCCGGAGGCCUGCAGCGACGUGUGGUUCAGGUACUCGCCUCCUCCACGCAAUCCCACGCCCAAGAAGACGCAUGCGAGUCGGCGGCGGCGGCCGGAUGGCGACGUGUCCCGGGAGCGCGCUAGGGCGUCGUCGGACGCUGCCGCGGCCAAGAGCGGCGGCAGCAGGUACCAGGUGUGGCAUGUCGACGAGGACCUGUACAAGGCGCCAUCGCCGGAGCCCGCCUCCCACCGGCGGCCAAGGAAGAAGUGGAGCAUGUGGAUGGGAUGCCUGGGGCUCAACUCAUGCGUCGCCUCCUGAACCCCGAGACAUGUGCCGGUCGCGCCGAUGGGAUGCUGUGUCCUGCGUUCGUGUUCAUCUCCAGUGUUUACUUGCCCUUAUUCUUGGAUAUACUGCUAUACUUCUGUCAAGUUCUCUCUCCGAGUGUUUUGUGCGUAUGCCUUGGCUUGUGUCAAAAUGGUUAGCAGUAAAACCAGCUGACUGCUAGUAACAUUUCGAGUUUCUACUCUCUUGUGUAAUGCUGGUAAAGAUAUCUAGGCAUUUUAGUAAAAUUUCAAAUUUCUAGUACCUUAUUUUUGUGUAAUGUGGGUAAGAUAACAUAUUGAGUGCAACAUCUUGUAUUGCGCCUAGC